UUUCCGCGCCGCUCUGAGCCUGAGCCGACGAUGGAAACAGCACGCAGCGAUAGAAAGACAGACAAACAGCCCACAGAUGAAGGAACGGAAGCGGACAGCUCUAUGUCAAGUGGGAGCGGAGAGGAUUCCCUGGAUGGCCUCUCAAACCGUGUCCCCCGGUGCCCUUUGACCCCGUCUUUAUCGCCGCAAAAACGCACCACGAGCCAGUCUAAGACGGAGCCUCCACUGCUCAGGACGAACAAACGGACCAUCUACACCGCUGGCAGACCACCUUGGUACAACGUCACUGGGACCACCUUCAAAGAGGCCUUUGUUAUUGGUCUGUGUGGAGGAAGUGCUUCUGGUAAAACCACAGUAGCCAAUAAGAUCAUUGAAGCGCUGGAUGUUCCCUGGGUGGUUCUGCUCUCCAUGGACUCUUUCUACAAGGUGUUGAAUAAAGAAGAGCAGGAACUCGCAGCCAAAAAUGAGUAUAACUUUGACCACCCUGAUGCCUUUGACUUUGAGCUUCUGGUCACCGUCCUCAGAAAGCUGAAGAAAGGGAAAAGCAUCAAAGUCCCCGUGUACGACUUCAAAUCUCACUGCAGACGCAAAGAAUGGAAAACUGUGUACGGGGCCAAUGUUGUCAUCUUCGAGGGCAUCCUGGCCUUUGCCAACAAGGAGCUGCUGAAGCUGCUGGACAUGAAGGUGUUUGUGGACACAGAUUCUGACAUCCGCCUAAUACGGAGGCUGAAGAGGGACAUUUCACAGCGCGGACGGGACAUCAGUGGCAUCAUCAAGCAAUACAACAAGUUUGUAAAGCCAGCAUUCGAGCAGUACAUUGAGCCCACGGUGCAGUCCGCUGACAUCGUGGUGCCCAGAGGUGGAGAAAAUUUUGUAGCACUAGAUUUGAUAGUUCAGCACGUUCACAGUCAGCUGGAGAAGCGUGAGAUCACUGUGAGAUCGGCUCUGGCUUCGGCUCAUCAGGGUCAGCCUUUACCCCAAACCCUCAGUGUGAUGGAGAGCACUCCGCAGGUCCGCGGCAUGCACACCAUCAUCAGGAACAAGGAGACCAACAGAGAUGAGUUUAUCUUCUACUCCAAGAGAUUAAUGAGGCUUCUGAUAGAACAUGCCCUCUCCUUCCUGCCUCUCAAGCCAGUAUCUGUGGAGACACCUCAGGGCGGCGUCUAUGACGGCAAGAGGCUGAGCGGUAAAAGAAUCACAGGGGUUUCCAUCCUGAGAGCAGGCGAGACCAUGGAGCAGGCUCUGAUGGCUGUGUGUAAAGACAUCAGACUGGGAAAGAUCCUCAUCCAGACAAACCAUGACACAGGUGAACCAGAGCUUCACUACCUUCGUCUGCCAAAAGACAUCAGUGAAGACUACGUUAUCCUCAUGGACAGCACCGUAUCCACCGGAGCUGCUGCGCUCAUGGCCGUCAGAGUGCUGCUUGACCAUGAUGUAGCAGAGGAUAAGAUCUUCCUGCUGUCCCUGCUAAUGGCAGAGAUGGGCGUCCACUCAGUGGCCUAUGCUUUCCCUAAAGUCCGCAUCAUCACCACCGCUGUGGACAAAGAGGUCAACGACCAGUUCCACAUCAUACCAGGCAUCGGUAAUUUUGGAGAUCGAUACUUUGGCACCGAUGCUCCGUCAGACUGGUGUGAAAGCGAUGAAGGGAUGGACUUCUAAAGAGAGAACUUAUCAGGGGAAAGAUUGUUACAAAAGCACUUACAGCCAUGAAACAGUGAAAAGGACCUCACUCAUCCCGUGCUGCUCUGAUCUGCUCCAUCGACAUCCUCCUGACCAGGGAGGUGAUGCUGUAGAAACUACUUCCUGUUUAAAUCAGUGGAACAGAGGUCACUGUUAGGUCAGCGCAAUUACUGAGUGCUGCGAGCUAAGUGCAGAUUUCCAUUUUGCCAGGACAGAAUUCAGUCUGUUCACAAUUAAAGUUUACAGCAAAGUUCAAAGGGCUUGUUGGCGUUAACAUCUUUCACCCAGUUGUAAUUAUUCCCACUGCAAUCUCAAAAGGCUGCCAGCCUAAGCUACCUGUUGAAGACAAAUGCUUGAUUAAGAUGUAAAUAACGUUUUGUUGCUGAAGCUGCAUGCUGUGAAGCCUCAGAGCUGAUUGAUUUUGUGUACUGUCAGUUCCUUUCAGGAUUUUGCACUGUAAGUUUCUUUGUCAUCAUAAACUAGAUAUUGUAGCUAAAUCACUGUUGGGAAAAGAAAACCCAGAUGGGAAGAUUUGGCUAGAGCUAUGCUCUUUUUAAAUCCUCAGCAGUUAUAUAAAAAAGAAUAAAAAAAAAAAAGAUUUACUUCAUAGUAUUCAGUCGAUACCUUCCUAAUCAGCAACCAUUGAAUCAUUUGUUUUGCACAAUGACAUGAACACCUCGUCUUUUAAGACAAAUCAUCAUAAGUAUUUUGUGUGUAUGGAAGGAAAUUUCCAUUAUAAAUCAUGUCCAGCAGUGUACUGUGAUUUUUUUUUUUUUUUUUAAGCUUAAAGCUUUUUGUAGAAAUUAUUAAUGCAUUACAGCUUUGCUCUGCUGACGAAGCUCCAGCUGUCUCUACUAUAAGAUUAUAUUAUAUCAGCCAACUUUUACUGAAAGGAGCAACAACACUUGAACAACAAGACUGACUGAUGAUUGAGAGAAACGGUCAAAUAUUGCUUUUUAUAUUUGUUUUAUUUGUUGAAUUGUUAUCUCAUUGCUGAAUUUGUCUCUGACUGUACGGCAGUAGGCUACUACACCAGUAACAGCCCUUUCUUUCCUCCGUGCUUGGUAAAGUAAUUAAGUUAAGCACAUUUUUAAGUUAAAACAUUGUCAUCGUUACAUUACUAAACUAUUUUCUCUUAGCUUUAGCUGCUAAUGAAGACAGUGCAUAGCUAGCAAAUGCUUUGUAUUUUAUUUUUGCUUGUUUGUGUAGAAACUGCUGCUGUAUAUUCACAUCUGAGCUUUGUGACUGGCCAAAAGAGAGAAACUGAAAAAAAUGUUUGUGAUUUAUAACAAAACUUAAAGCACUUGUCAUGGGCUUUAAGUUUCAGAAGCACUCGAUGUCUGAACGGCUCAUACUUUUAGUUUUUCUGGGAUGUAACAGAAACCUACCUACCAUAUGGGGACGCUUACUUGUUGUGGUGACCUUGUUUGUGGCCUGUUUUUAUUUAUUUGUAUUGUUCGCUGGGGUUCUUCAUUUUUACAUUUGUUUUACAUCACAUCCAAAGUUACUUAACCAGUAUGUUAUUGUUUUAAUGUUGUUGUAUUGAAGUUCUGCUGACUCAUAGUGUAACGCCAGGUUUAUUUUAACAGUAUGCCAUUGGUUUAACUAACAUUUAUGAACGUCUGUGUUCCUGUCAGGUGCUUGCUAGUGUGCAUGUUCUCUUUACUGAUACACCUAAAUGGUCUCCAUCUAUUAUCAAAGUUAUUUGUUACACCUGUGUUCUAGUCAAAUGUCCACGAGAAAACACAUUAAUUCUGUUUACAUCCAGCUGUCUAGGUAACUUAAUGCACAUAUUGACAGCACAUUACUACAACGAUAACUCUGUACUGUAUAACACAACAGUUGGAAGCUGGUUACCUCACAUUUAUAUGAAACUGUUUGUGAUGCUAAGUCGGCGUGCUUUUGUGAGAAAGAUCUGUUUUUGUAAAUCCCAUUUAAUAUGUACAGAAUUAAAAACAAAAC